AAUAGUACUUAUUUUUCAAUCUCAUUAGGGCAUAAGGCCUAUAUGUGCCACUUCCAUAAGAAAUGCCAUUCAGAUUAAAUUUCAUCUGCUUGUCCUCCAUAAAUUUGGUGGCAGGCUCAUAGUCUUUCUUGCUAUCAGUAUUGAAAGUUUUUUCUCAUUCCCAUGUGCCUCACCCCAGCACUCCCUUCCCUACCCCCAAACCCACAAUGUUCCAUUCUAAAGCUAAGGAUCUUUUCAUUUUUGCUCUCUGGAAUGUCUCUUCCAUAAAUAACACAGUUAAUUUCAUGUUAGAUCUUAUCCCACACCUUCCAUCUUCUGAUUCUCACUGAUCUUUGGGUCCCCACUGAAGAUACACAAAUGGCCACAAAUAUAUCAGUUUAGGUAUAGCGACCUUUGUUUAAUGUUGUAAAAAAUACUCUUCUUAUAGAUUGAUGGAUGCUUUUUUAAGAAAAAGACCCAUCUAACAAAGCAUAUUGUCCAUUUGCACAGUGGUUCACAAUGCUUGUUACUGAGUAUUCUUAACCACUUAUAUGAGAAAGCUUAAGAGUUAUAUCAUUUUGAAAAGGUCAGUGACAGGAUGCUUCAAAAUUCUAUAGUGCAUUGCCCAGUAGAUUGUUGAAUCAAAAAAUGACUUUGGUUCCCAGUAUAUAAUAUGAGAAAGAGAUAAAUACAUAUAGGACAUACAUUUUCAAAUAUGGCCAAAGCGUGGAUUUGCUUUACUAACAAGGAUCAUUUGUUAUAAACAUCUUGUUUUUCUUUUUUUCUUUUCUCCAGUUUGGGAGAAGAGGAGCAUCUCUGCAAUUAGAUCUGAUCAAGCAGCCAUAACUACCUGAUAUUUCCUGAAGCUAUCCAGGCCAUGAGCUCCUAUUUCACUAGGAGUAACCUUCAACUCUCAAGCUUUGCCCUACUCACUGUGGGCUGGAUCCUCUCACUUGCCUCCAUGGGACGAAUGGAUUGGAGGGUGUGGCAUUUAGAGAAGGACCCAUCUUCCAUGAUCUCUUCUGGCAUCACUUGGGUGGGGAUCUGGAAAGUGUGCUUUUACAGCCCCCGCCUGCAUCCUCCUCAUCAGGGGAAAAAUGGCAAAAUUUGCCACUCUUAUAUCAAGCAUGAUACGUUUCUCCCUCAAGACUUUAGGAUUAUUCAGAACAUCUUUCUGUUUGCUUGCAUUCUGGGGGCCAUGGGAAAAGUCUCUAUUACCAUUGCAAUAAGGAACUUUUACUUGGGAGUUCCUCGGAGGUCAGCAAUAUGUAAUCCAUUCACCAUUGGAGGAUUCUUUUAUAUAUCUGCUGGGAUUUGCAUCUUAAUUUGUGUAAUCUGGAAUUAUCACUCUGUGUUUAAAAAUCAGAGUAUAACUUUCCCUGCUACUUUCCAUAUCCCUCCCAGUCCAGAAACACAGGAAAUAGGGGAUGCGGUGAGUAUGGCUAUUGUAGCUGCCAUCCUGAUGUUGCUAGGUGGGAUGUUUUUCCUGUCUUUUAAAGGUGGAAAACAUACUGGAAAAUUAUCAAAUGUUGAAACUUCCAGAUCAAAGAGACAAAUGUUCAAGAUAAAAGAAAAAAAUUGAAGUACACUGGAACUACUUUUCAGCAGCCACAAUAAAAGACUACGAGUCCUGGAACUAAAUAUACCAGUAAUCAAAAGAACUAGGCCUGCAACCAAAAAUAUCAUAUCCAGCAAAAUUAUCCAUAAUAUUGAAUGACAAAAAAAUAGAUAUUCAACAAACUGGCAUAUUUUCUGAAUCUUGUCUCAAGCAAACCCAAACUUAAUAGAAAAUUUAACAUAAGAGCCAAUAUCAAAGAUUAAGUUCAAAGAACUUAACAUGGACCAAUUGGUUUUUUUCACAUGAAAAAAAUAUUGUCAAUAAAUUUCCAUAUUCCAAUAUUUCCAUAAACCAAAUGUUUAAGACUGAUAUCAGUAAUUGGGAAACUAAAAAGAAAUAUUGAGGCAGAGUGAGUUAUGGUUUGAUUCUAAAAAGCAAAACUGUCCAGGAAAAGAUAAA